AUGAGCGGUCCUAUUCGCAUGUCGCUAACAUAAUGAUACAGCGUAUUUAUGGCUUUUGCUAUCAUUGUAACGAAUGUAUUGAUUACGACAUAUGUUGGAAAUGUUAUACGCAUAAAGAGCUGGUUCAUUUCUCAGAUCAUACGUUUGAUACAAACGGUCCAGAGUUUGAAGAUUCGCCAGAUGAUGAGGCACAUGAUGAUGCAUCGUCGGAUUCGUCGGAUUCAACAGAUUCAGACUCAGAUGUGAGUAAUUAGCACAUAGCUAAAAGUUUUAUAGUGAGAGACGCUGCUCGGAUUAGAACUUAGAUAGAGUGAAUAAAUUUAUGAAGCCAUCACACGAAGCGUGUAUAUAGUGCUAUAUAAAAAUAGAAGAAGCAUAAGGUUAUUUUUAUUCACAAUGCCGAC